GAAAACGCAGGUCUCCGGGACGCCUUCACCUUGACAGCGGGCGCCUGGGGCGGGCCGGGUACCUGCCCCGACCUCCGCCCCGAGGCAUGCUGGGACUUGGAGUCCGGCUCCGCGACGUCGAGGCAGGAGUGGGGUUUGGGGCUGGGUGGUGGGCUCGCUUGGCGGGUUUUAAACUGUGUCUCGGGCCACUCCGGCCACAGGGGAGCCUGUCGUCGGGAAAUCCAGUUGAUCGUAGAGGAAAGCUGGAGCUCGUUGGGAAGCGAGAGCGGGAGGUGGGGAUGAGAGGGCGUUCUGGCGGAGGAAGGAACUCGUACCUGUUUCCAAGCGGCAGGUGGGAGGCAAGGAGUGGCACGGAGGUGCCGCGGGAGACCUCUGUAUUAUUUGUUAAAGCACUCACAACAAAAUCGAGCGGAAGUGCCGGUGGUGGUGUGCAUAUCGAGCCGCGGUAUAGACAGUUUCCCCAGCUCACCAAGUCCCAGGUGAUCCAGGCCGAGAUAUUCAGUGGGACCAUGUGGUUCUGGAUUCUCUGGCGUUUUUGGCAUGACUCAGAUGCUGUGCUGGGUCACUUUGCGUAUCCAGAUCCUUCCCAGUGGACAGAUGAAGAACUGGGUAUCCUCCCUGAUGAUGAAGACUGAGCUCUCUGCAAACAGGAGCCAGGUGAGAAUUCCAACCAUUUAUGGACAUCAUAUUGUACAUGAAAGUUGUAAAAUUAAAGUGUUUUGGUCAACAGUAAG